AUGCCUAACUUACUAACGAAGAAUCUGUUUUAUCAUAAACAGCAGAACGCUAACAAGGGUAAUGACGAUAGUAGUAACACCCGUAACCAUGGCAGUUUGGCUAGUCUGUCUUCGCAUCAUACUAAUUCAAAUGCGAGUUCUGCUUCUCCUCCACCCCAUCAUAAUGUCCAUCCUCAUUUAAGACCUUCAAAAUCAUUUUUAGGAUUACUUAAUUUGAACAGAAGUAACGAUUCUUUAAAUGUUGAGAAUUCAGCCGAUUCUCUGAUGGCACAUUCUUCAACUGAGAAUUUUUAUUCAAAGGACAAUAUCAAUAAUAACAACCUGGGCCAUGCUAAUUAUACAACGUCUCCCCCACCCCAAAAUAUUAAUCUCAAGAAUGGUCUGUCCCCAAAGACAAGUCAUUCUAUGCUGGAAUUGAAAAGAUUCUUCAAACCAACUUUGAAACAUAAACAGUUCCACUCAAUUCAUCCUCAUCCACAACAGCAUCUACAGCCACAGAAUCAAAACACUCUUUUAAGCUCCAAAGUUAGUCUGAGUUCCUUUUUCCAAAGUGGUAACAAUACUCACAGUAAAGUACUCUCUCCUGAAAAUCAGGCGCAUCAAUCUGUACUCUCCUUGAAUAAUCCGAUAAAUGUGUAUCAUGAUGAUAGUAUUUUAGUUCAGAAAUAUGGGACAUUGGGGAAAACACUGGGCUCUGGAGCUGGAGGUUCCGUUAAGAUUCUUGUAAGACCAACAGAUAACGCUGUCUUUGCAGUAAAGGAGUUUAGACCAAGAAAAUCUAAUGAAUCAGUGAAAGAAUACGCCAAGAAAUGUACCGCUGAGUUUUUAGUCGGAUCUUCAUUAAGACAUCCAAAUAUUGUAGAGACGAUGGACAUUUUCUCUGAUUCUAAACAGAAUAAAUAUUUCGAAGUAAUGGAAUAUUUACCUGUGGAUUUCUUUGCAGUAGUAAUGAGCGGGAAAAUGUCACGUAAUGAAGUCACUUGUUGUUUUAAACAAUUAGUGCAUGGUGUUAAUUAUUUACACGAAAUGGGAUUGUCCCAUCGUGAUUUGAAAUUAGAUAAUUGUUGUAUGAAUGAAAUGGGGAUUUUAAAACUGAUUGAUUUUGGUAGUGCAGUUGUGUUUAGAUACCCAUUCGACUCUACAAUACAUUUAGCGCACGGAAUUGUAGGAUCAGAUCCCUAUUUGGCACCCGAGGUACUUGCAUCGACAAACUCAUAUGACCCUAGGUUUGUUGAUAUAUGGUCAAUAGGAAUCAUUUUCUGUUGUAUGUUAUUGAAAAGAUUCCCAUGGAAGGCUCCAAAGGAGUCAGAUGAGAAUUAUAGGUUAUUCUCCAUGGAAGAUGAUAUGGAACAUGAUUAUUUAGAAUCUGCCAGAAAUCAUGAAAAAUUGUUAGAAGAAAGGAAAGAAAAGAAACGUCAAGCAUUGAUUAACGCCAAGUUAGACAACUUAUCAUUACAGGGUGAUAAUCCUGAUAACUCAGAUCCCGUGGAUAAUAAGAAAGAAGCAGUAGUUGAUGAAGAGGAUGCAUCCCAACACUCUAAAAAGGUGCAAGAUAACGACAAAAAAGCUGAUGAUAAGCGUCAUCGUCAUCAACACCAUCGUCACCACGAAAAGAGCACAAUUCAAGGUCCCUAUCGUCUCCUAAGAUUGUUACCACACGCAUCAAGACCUAUAAUGUCGCGCAUAUUGGAAAUUGAUCCAACUCAAAGGGCGACGAUGAAAGACAUAUACAGCGAUCGAUGGUUCGAAACCAUCUCCGAUUGCAAGAUGGAUAUUAACACAAAAACUGUCACUAGAUCAGAUAAUCAUCAUCAUACAAUUGUCAAGGAUGAAAAUGGCAAGACUUCCAUGUACAAGGUUUGA